AUGUCACCGAACUUCGAGUAUUGUGUAACUUUCAGUCACGUGGUAUGCCUCUCUCACCUCGAUGCCAGGAGUAAAAUGGUGGUGAGUCAACACAAGGGUUUCAUUCUCCCAGGACCGCAUGUACCGAUACCACUCCACAAGUCGCUUGCGAGGAAAUCACUUUUACGCUACACCACCCAUAAGCGUGCUCUUGGAUCAUGGGGAAGUAAAGCUAGUCACUUCCAGGCACUGAUUACUCCCAAUCUCUCUUAUAAGACACCAUGGAGAGCCUCCUCAAUCCCACCGGAUCCACCAACGUCCCCGCAAGCAGCAAGCCCAGCACCGCUAGUCGGGGCCUUGUGCGUUCCUCAAACCCCAGAAAACCGUCGUCCACUACCACCGCCAGCCGCAUUUCCACUUCAGCCCAGUACACGAGCGCAAAGAAACCGCAACUCCGACGCCACCUCCAAUAGCACUCCCCUCCCCACCCCGCCGAACCAACCGCUCUCUCAGGAAGACUCUCACGGCGUCCUUCACCUCUUCACCGCCAAAAUCAAUCUCCUCAGUACCCUUCCAGCAGACUUCACUCCGCGAACGCCAUUUGGUCAUCAACCACCAUUGAACCCCAUCGAACCGGAUCUCAAUUUUCCGCGCCAGGAGUGUAGGCUUUCACCAGUUAAUGAGAACUGGGAGUGGGAGUGCACGAGGCCAGAGAAUAGUAGGAGAGUCACGGCUCCGAAGACAGAUGUCGGACCAGGAAAUACGGUGGAGGAGGCGAUGGCAAGGAAGGGGGAGAGGGGACGAGAUGGGGGAGGAAGGGAUGAGGGAGCAAGAGGACUACCUCCGUUUACAUCCAUAACCAACAACUCGAUUAAGUGCACCCCGACUUCUAUUCUGAACCAGCUCCCCAAAACACUACAAUAUCAAAAAAAAAAUUUCCUCAAGCUCAUAGAAGAAGCAAUGAACCGCAAUGAAAAGCCGUCAAAAGACAUACAAUCUGAAGCAGUCAUAGCUUGUAGUUUUCAACUAGCAAAAACGCGAGAAAAGAAGAAAAGGAAAAGAGGAAAGGCGGCGAAGGGAGCGAGUUUAUAUAUGCUAGGAGUUGGUCUGUGCGAGGAGACACGUGAUUGA